AUGUGGAUGGCCAACUAUGACAGGUUGCCUACAAGGAACAGGCUAGCGGCUUGGGGAAUGACCAUUGCUACGGAGUGCCCCUUUUGUUCGAGAAGCAUAGAAUCCAGAGACCACAUGUUCCUGCGUUGCGAGUACAGCCUUGAUGUUUGGAGAGAGGUCUUCGUCAGAUGCCAUCCUCCAGUGUCAAGCUUUACGGAUUGGUCAGAACUACUAUCAUGGAUACGAGCUGCUGUGCCUGCGAAGCUGAAGCUCAUGCGGAAGCUCGCUACUCAAACGGUCAUCUUUCAUCUUUGGAAACAAAGAAACAAUUUGAUCCACAACCAAAUCUCACUCCAUGCUGCAUCAGUGUUCUAUUUUGUCGAUAAGGAGAUGAGAAACAUUAUUUCAGCAAGGAAGCAUAGGAAGCAACUCCGUUCGCUCAUGGCUUGCUGGCUGAAAUGA